AUGACCGAAUACGAAGCCGACAACGCUGCUGUCCGUGAAUCCCUUGCCCAGAGGAACCCUGUCUCUACUGCUGCCAUCGUCACUCGUGCUGCUGGGGUGACCAUUUCUGAUGCUGGUGCUGGCACUACCGUCGAUCCUCCGGCGGAAACUGUGGUUCCUAACUCUGGGAACCGCCAGGUGGUCCCCACGGAUCCUGCUAGGCUUGCUGCUGCCUACCCAUGGGGAAUGCCUCCUCACCUUACUACUAGCCUCACCACUGGGGAAGCUUUCUUCCCUCACUCGAAAAUCUUGACCUUCUCGGAGGAAAAGCCGAACGUUAAGACAAAUCGCCUACCUAAUCAUGACGGUCCUUCCAUCAGUGUCAUCAUUAAGGAAGAACCCGCAGAACUAGUGAAGUGGGUCGAUGAGGUGAAAACUCCAUUCUCUGUUGUAUUGAGAAAACAUGAAGAAUUUGGGUUUCUAGAGGGAGUACAUAGUGAUUGCUCAGUAUGUGAGUCCGAUCCAGAUGGUUGUGAACAAUUGAGAGAAUGUGUGCAAGAACUGAUGAAUCAAGGGUUAGUACAGUUCUCUAAGUCUAAAGCAGCAGAAGAGGUAGCAGUGAUUGAACCGAUAAUUAUUGUAUACAGGAAGAAGAAGGUUGAAGCUCCUCCCAAGAGGAUUCAUUCGAUCCAUUUCCGUGUUCCAACUCCGUUUCCGUGUCAGAAUACCAAGGCAAUACCUUGGAAUUAUGAGACCACAACGUAUUUGGGAGGGAAAGAAAUCCGCAUUUCUGAUACAGAGAUUGUCAACAUCGCUGGAGCGGGAAGCAUGACUCGAAGUGGCCGUGCAAAGACAAAUGUACUCGCCACUCCGACCGUGACGACUGCUCCGGUAGUGACAAGAGUUAUUGACAAUGACAAAGCUGUAGAGGCCGAAGUCUCCAAAGGGAAAGGGAUGUUGGUUGAAAAAGAACAGUCUGAUGAUUACAAGAAGAGUAUCACUAUUGAGGAAAGUCAGGAAUUCCUCAAACUGUUCAGAAAGAGUGACUUCAAGAUUGUUGAACAGUUGAAUCAGACGCCUUCCAAAAUAUCAAUUUUUUCUUUGCUGUUGAGUUCUGAGGCUCAUCGUAAGGCAUUGCUGAAAGUUCUAAAUGCCACUCACGUGAUGCAAGAUAUCACGGUCGAUCAAUUUGACGACGUGGUUGCUAAUAUCACCGCCAGUAGGUAUCUAGGAUUUAAUGAAGCAGAGUUACCUCCUGAGGGAAAGGCCCACAACAAAGCACUACAUAUUUCGGUCACAUGUACUGACUCUCUCUUAUCCCGAGUCCUUGUUGAUACUGGAUCCUCGCUUAAUGUACUGCCAAAAUCUACAUUAAGUCAGUUACAGUUUAAGGGGCCCGAGAUGAGAACCAGCGCAUUGAUCGUUAGAGCUUUCGAUGGUUCCCGAAGGCAGGUAGUUGGGGAGGUCGAUUUGUCGAUUUGUGUUGGACAACACCAGUUCAGUAUUACUUUUCAAGUCAUGGACAUCAACCCAACCUACAGUUGUUUGUUGGGCCGACCAUGGAUUCAUGCCGCUGGGAAAGUCACUUCUACUUUGCAUCAGAAGUUGAAGUACUUGAUAGAUGACAAGCUGGUAAUUGUGUGUGGGGAAUAA